GAUGAAGCACCACCAAAACAACGCCGACGACGACAUUUCAUUGUUACGAAGAGAGCAUUUCGACAUGGCGCAACAUUCAGUGGAUUACGACAGAAAGUGGACGCAGAAGAAGAGGAGCUGGAAAGGGCUGCAGAUCGUUUGAGUGAAGCAUUCAGAUCGGUGCCAUCGAGAAGUAGGCUGCCGAAAUACCUGAACCGUCCACAAGAACAUCAGGCAUAUGCGCCGUUUCAUAAUCACGGCUCACCAUUCGCUGUAAAAUCCCUCUCUCAACCUAGAGUUCUCGUGCCAGCCAAUGCUCCGGACGAAUGGCGUCUACUCUGCUAG